CGUUUCAGCAAGAGCCACAAAGGUAUCAUGUGAAAGUUCUCCACACAGAAAGGCCUGGACCGGGAUGCGAACUGGCAACCUUCAUGCUGUGAGGGGCUGAAACCGGGCCCACUUUAUGGAUUGGAAGCAAUAAAAUCCAGUGAUAAAACAAUAUGGAAAGCUGUGGACCUGCACUUCAAUCACAAGUGGAAGCUGCCUCAAAGGGGGAAAAAGUGAAGGAGACUGAAAAAACCCACUGUGGAUUACAUGUGAUUGUGUUCGCAUCGCCCCCCCCCAAAAAAAAAUCUGGUCCUUGGAUACUACAUACAGUGCACGCACUAAUUUUGCGGAUUAAUGUGGACGCACAUCUGUGGAUUUAUCAGUAGUUGAAGGCUGGUGGCUGAAGUGAGGUAUUUACAGAGGAGUGAAACCAUGUGGCUUCUCUGUUCCUCCCUGACUCUCCUGGCCCUCAGCUUUGCAUCAUGUGACACGCUGACAUCAGUACAAGAUGAACAAUGCCUGUCCUUGCAAGUGGAUGAGUGGAAGUUUUCUCAGACGACCAGGCACAAUAUCACAGGUUUUAAUCUGGUGAGGCGAUUCUCCCUGCUCAAGAAUCCAGAUGUGAAGAAGAUCCGCAACCCACGAGGACCAGUCAUCCUCCGCCUGGGCAAGACGGCACUCCUGCGUCCCACCGAUGAGGUGUUUCCACUCGGACUUCCUGAGGAGUUUACCUUGAGCUUCACCCUAGCUUUGAAGAAGGCUGCCCUGAGGGACACCAUCUACCUCCUCCAGAUAUCUGAUCAGCAGGGAUACCCACAGCUCUCUGUUGACUUCAGUGGCUCGGAUGGAAGCCUGUCCCUGAGAGCCAAAGGGGUUCACCCUGAUGCCGACCUGGCGAGCUGUGUUUUCACUGGCGAGGGGGUGGAGGCCCUGAUGGACAUGCGCUGGCAUAAAGUGUCUCUCAGCCUGCAACGAGGGGCCGCCUCUCUCCAUGUGGAUUGCAGCACUGUUGAGACCAAACCCCUGGAGCCUCGCGGAGAUGUGCUCACCGAUGGACACACUAUGCUGGGCAUUCGGGCCUCAGAUGCUGGGCCUGUGCAGAUGGACGUUCAGCAGGUGACGCUGUACUGUGACCCGUCCCUCGCCAUUCAAGAGGCCUGCUGUGAGAUACCUGGGGCUCGGUGCCCUCCCGAUGCGUCCAAGAGUCGCCGCGCCGCUGAGAACGACCUGUUGGAAAACACAUUUAACCAGGAGAUUUUUGCAUCCAAGGAUCUGGCAGAGAAAGUUGUAAAUCUUGCUGGGUUGAAAGGGGAAAAAGGUGACCGGGGUGAUGACUGUUCUGGCAGCCAGUCAGGUCCAUGCACACAAGGACCCAAGGGCGAGAAGGGAGAGAGAGGCGAGCCGGCGGCGCCUGCCAACUGGGGCGAAGCAGCAGGAUACAAGGGAGACAAGGGUCAGAAGGGAGAGCUCGGUCCACAGGGUCUCACAGGCACUCCAGGGAAGGAUGGUCGAACAGGGACCAUCUGUGUUGUCGGUCCCAAGGGACAGAAGGGUUCGCCAGGUAUGGUGGGUCCCGAGGGGUUGGCCGGGGAGCCAGGGAAGCCUGGACGCCCAGGUCUUCCAGGACUUGGAAUACCAGGCCUACCAGGUCCUCCCGGUGAACCAGGUGGUGCAAAAGGAGACAAGGGAGAUUCAGGAUCUCCAGGAGGAGAUGGAUUUCCAGGAGACCCUGGACCAAGAGGAACGCCUGGGUUUAAGGGAGAGAAGGGCGACCCGUGCGAAGUUUGCCCCGUGGUUGGUACGGACAUGGGCAACACAGUGGCUCUGCAAGGAAAGCCUGGUCCCAAAGGAGAGCCUGGAUUACCGGGGGCAGGAGAAAGAGGAUUGCCUGGGCCUGCAGGUGCAGAUGGCAAGUCAGGAGAGAAGGGGAGUGCAGGCAGCAAAGGAGCCGAUGGUAAGCCGGGAAAAUCAGGACCCCGCGGACCCAUCGGCAAAGAAGGACAGAAAGGUGUAAAGGGAGAGCAAGGGCUGCCCGGGCUUGGUCUACCUGGCCCAAGGGGUGAGAAGGGCCAAUGUGGCACGUGUCAGCCGUCCGAAGUUGGCAGCGGGCCUGCUGGUUUCAAAAUGCCAGAGGGAACGAAAGGGAAGCAAGGCGAACCGGGCCCUCCAGGGCCUGCCGGACCUCCAGGUCUUGGAGCUGAUGGCAAACAGGGCCCACCAGGUCUCGCUGGGGCAAAGGGAGAAAAGGGUGAACUAGGAGACACAGGGGAUAAGGGACUGGAUGGAGUUCCCGGAGCCCCAGGACUGCCUGGAGAGCCUGGUCGGGAUGGAUUAAUGGGCUUAAAGGGAGAGAAGGGUGAAGCCUGUACCAGCUGUCCUUCUCUGGGCACAACAGUGGGUGAAGGUGUAGCUGUGCCAGGCCAAAAAGGAGAGAGAGGAGAGCCUGGUCCUCCAGGAGAAGGGAAGCCUGGCAGGAAUGGAAAACCGGGCUUACCAGGUGUGCAGGGACCUGCCGGUCCCAAAGGAAACAAGGGAGAAGCUGGAGUUCCAGGAGUCGGCCUUCCGGGACCGCAAGGUGAAGAGGGACCAAGGGGGCGACCAGGGCUUCACGGACCCACUGGAACCACAGGAUCAACUGGCCCUGCAGGGGAAAAGGGCUCCAAAGGAGACGCCGGGCUUCCAGGACCGCAGGGACCUCCAGGCUUAGGAGAAGCGGGGCCCCCGGGUAAAGACGGAGCCCCCGGCUUUCACGGAGAGCCAGGAACUGAUGGCAGACCCGGAUUUGACGGAGCUAAGGGGGACAAGGGUGAACCUGGAGAGUGCAACUGCAUAACCACACACUCGGGUAUUGGUGGACCUGGAGCUCCAGGAACUCCAUUAAACGUGUGGCAGCCCGGGCCGCAGGGCCCACCUGGACCUCCUGGCCCCCCCGGGCCUCCUGGGCCUCAGGGUGUUACUGGAAUCCAAGGACCCGAGGGUAUCCCCGGGAACGACGGGAUACCGGGGAAACCGGGUUUGCCUGCAUACAUCACUCCCACUGGGCCACACCAGCUGCCUCAAGACUCCACUGGAGGAGAUGGAGAUGAAAACUGUGAUGGGAGCUGUUCCCCUGGGUCGCCCGGGGUGCCAGGCCUGGCUGGUGCUAAGGGUGAAAAGGGAGAUCAGGGCAAGCCUGGUGUAACUCCCUUGGACAACUGUGACACGUGUUCGGAGAACAAGGAGCAGGCAACGCAACCCAUGACGGGAACACCUGGACAUCCUGGACUUCCUGGAUCGCCGGGAAUAAAAGGAGAUCAAGGUGCACCGGGAGAGAGAGGCAAACCUGGAAUACCAGGAAACAUGGGACCUCCCGGUUUCCCAGGUCCUCCAGGCCCGUCUGGUUCACAUGGUCAGCAGGGUGAGCGAGGGUCACCUGGCCUCCAAGGAUUGAAGGGCGAGCAGGGCUCUCCGGGGACGUCGGGCUACCCGGGAACCAUGGGACCACCUGGAAUGCCAGGACUGAAGGGUGAACGUGGGAGCCCAGGAAACAGUGGUCAGAAAGGAGAAGCAGGACUUCCUGGUAACCCUGGGUACCAAGGACAGGCAGGCACACCGGGUAUUAAAGGAGACACUGGACCAGCUGGAGCUCCCGGGGGCAAAGGUGAACCGGGUUUCCAAGGAACUCCAGGCUUCCCAGGACCACCUGGUCCACCAGGUCCUGCUGGCAAGUCUGGCAGCGGAGGUCUCCCUGGGGUCAAAGGUGAAAAAGGCAAUGAUGGUGCACAAGGGUCCCAGGGACCAACAGGACCCCGAGGCUCAUCAGGCUCCCCAGGAUUGAUGGGCCCCCCUGGCAUUGAAGGCAUGGAUGGAAAAGAUGGUAAACCAGGGGCAAGGGGAGAGAUGGGCCCUCCAGGCCCUGCAGGACCAAGAGGAAUCCCAGGAUUCAAAGGAAAAACUGGUCACAUUGGCUUCCCUGGACAGAAGGGUGAAGCUGGCCCUUCAGGUCCGCCCGGACCUCCAGGCAGACCAGGUCAUGAAGGUGAUCCUGGCACACCAGGAGCUCAAGGUAGACCUGGACCGUCAGGCCAUGUUGGAUCUACAGGCGCAGCCGGACCUCCUGGACCUCCCGGUCCACCAGGAGUGGGGAUACAAGGAGAUAAAGGCAAGGAUGGUGACAGGGGACUUCCAGGAAUUGGAGGACCUCCAGGACCCCCUGGACACCCAGGAAUUAUGGGUGAGCCAGGCAAUGAUGGUGCUGCUGGUAAAGAUGGAUCUCCUGGGCAGCCGGGGGAAAAUGGGCAGCCUGGUCAAAAGGGUGAAGCAGGAGCCCCAGGCCAGAGGGGUUCUCCAGGCGAGAGAGGCCGCCCAGGGCCUCCUGGUGGUGGCGGGUACCACUCCAAGGAUGCACAGCCCAUGAUUGGAGCAGUCGGACCCAGAGGGGAGAGGGGAAGCCCAGGCUCGGCGGGGACCCCCGGGCUCCCUGGACCUCCAGGUUCACCAGGAAAUGACGCGGUAGUCAAUUAUGACGACAUCAAAGGCUUCAUCCGCCAGCAGGUCAUCAAGAUCUUUGACGAGAGAAUGGCCUACUACAUGUCUCGCAUGCAGAUGCCAGUAGAGAUGGUGGCGUCCCCAGGUCGGCCCGGGCCUCCAGGGAAAGAUGGUUCUCCGGGUAAUCCCGGGGCCCCAGGUGCACCUGGCCUCCCAGGACAGAUUGGCAGACAAGGCCGAUCAGGUCCCCAAGGACCUCCAGGAGUACAUGGACCACGUGGAGAAAAAGGAGAUAAGGGUCUUGGAGAGAUGGGGGAUGUGGGACCGCCAGGAGCACCAGGUGUCCCAGGUCCACCUGGUUAUGGUAAGAUGGGAUCUCCAGGUUCCGUUGGCCAGCAGGGCGUUCCUGGAAUCCCAGGACCCCCUGGUCAGCCCGGUUCAAAGGGAAAGGAUGGCCGGUGUAAUCCUGGAGACUGUAUGAGCCAUCAAGUAGAGUACAGCCCCAAGGGCCCACCGAUGAAGGGCCCCUGGUAGAAGGUGUAGAAGAGGAGAAGGGGGGACUGAAGCAAAGAGACUAUGGGAAAAGACAGAAUGCUAAAGAACACGAUCCAAAGUUACUGAAUUUGAUGAAAUAAAUGAGUCGCCGUUGUUGUUGAGUUGCAUAGAUUUUACCCACACAGAUUUUUUUACUGUAGUUCUGAGCAAAGAUCCACUAGUUGUUUAAAGGGCCCCACUGGAACUGAACGACAGAACACCAGCAGUACAUUUUUAUAUUGUCAUUUUUUCUUCUUCUUUUUUUUUUCUUCCAUGAAUGCCAAUUUAUUGCUGUAUUACUGCCUCUUAUUUCCUCACUGUGUUUCACUUCUUUUGUACACUUUCAAACAACCCAGGGGAGGUGACAAGAAUCACAAUCUGUAUUUCCUUCUCCUUGAUUAAUUCUGGCCUCCUUUGCUUUUUGUUUUUUCAUCUCUCUCUCUCUCUUCCCAAAAGCUGUAGGAAGAGAAUACACAAUUACUGUAGCACUUUGCUCCCACCUCUCAUAUCGGUUCCUUUGUCACUGAAUCCCAUUUGGAUAACAUCCUAUUCAUUUCAUUGCAUUCUCUGUCUCAGUGCCUGAGGUGUAAUACAUAUUUGAAUUUGACUCGUAAGAGAACAUCCCUAGAAUUGUAUCCCAGUUUUGUAGAAGCAUAAGUCACAAACUUGCGUUCAUACUCCCUUUGACUGUUUUGUAUAUAUUUAUAUUUAUAUAUAUAGUGGCUUUUGAUACUUUUUUCAAAGGAUUUGAUAAAAAUGCAUACACAUGUCUCGGCGCUAGUUUUUCAGUGUCGGUGGUUGUUCGGCACGAAAUGCCACAGGGAUAUUUUUCUAAGGUCUAUAAGCUUUCAUAAAGGAGUAAUGUGCUCGGUAAAAGACAAAGUAUUUAUAGGAGAAAAUUGCAUUUACACACACACACA